CACGCCCCACCCGUUAAGCUCCGAUUGGCUCAAAGUGCAGCGCGCUGGGUUCAGGGAGCAAUUCCGGUCUGGGUGGAGGUUAGUGCUCUGGCAGUCGCAUGGGUGCCGCUGCCCUAGGCGCCGUCCUGCUGGGAAGUUGUAGUGCUGAGCUACCUGUGGCUGCGGCGCUCCGUGCGAGGAAAUCUGACUUGACUUGGAUGAAGGCAGGAGAAAACCCUGUAUUUCUUGGAUAGCUGCAUCAGUGUUGCCUGUUCCUGUACAGCAUGUUAAUUACUCAUCUUAACAGCAACUGACAAGUAGAAACAAGCUGCAAAGUAACUUGUCUAGGCAGAAAGAUACCCUCCCUUUGGAAUAAUGUGCUCCUAGUUUAAGAGAACGCUUUUUGUGAAAAAAGGUUUUUACCAUUUUUUUUCUUCUCAUAACAGGAUUAAAAGACUCAUAGGACAAGCCUUUUGAAGAACAAGUGCAAUAUAUGCAGCUUGAUAGCCAUAAGGCUUUUAUAAUAAGCCUUCCCAUGCAAAGUGCAUUUUUGAUUUUAUAACUUCUUUAGAUAUAGUGAGCUAACAGUGAGAUAAUUUCAUUUUAUCAUGGCGUUCUUCUCUCAAACUAGGCAGCAGGGCAUGCAGGCUUUGCUAGGGAAAUGGCGUAUAUUCUGGCCUGCUUUAAGAUGCCAGCAGCUGUUUGCUGUUUCUUUCAAUAUCCCCAAUUCAGAAAAGGUUAGCUAUUUCAGUUUUAUGACAUCUUCUGGCACUGCAUUACCAGUGGAUUCCAAAGGAACUGAUGUUUUUCCCACCAAGAAAAGUGCUGAAAUUGAGUAUGAAGGAGAAACAGGAUGGGAUGAGGAGAGUAAAAAAAUAUCUGAAGAAAAACUUCACUUUUCUUCCUCUGAAGCUCCAAAGAAACGAUUAGUGAGUCAAGUUCUAUCAAGGCAUAAGUUUGCCAAGGUCCAGCCUCCAGAAAAACCUUUGCAGGCUGAAGAAUGGAAUAGGCUGAGGGAAAACUUUCAAUCACCUGAAAUAUUUGAAGAUGUGAUGUUUAAUAGUAUGGUCAGGUGCAACAGCCCCAUAGAUGUUGCCAAGUCCUUGCUGACUUAUGUGGCAAAGAGUGAUGGUGACAUCAGAUAUAACUUGUUGAUCAAGUACCUAGCAUUGUGUGUCCAGCAACAGAAGACAGCAGAAAUUUGUGAUGUGUAUGAUAUAAUGAAAAUAAGAUUUAAGAUAUUAGAAAGUGGGGCUUACAACCUUCUCAUCAGGGGGCUGAGUAAUUCAGAUCAAUGGAGAAUGGCCUUGACUCUUUUGGAGGAAGUGAAAAAAAUUAUGACUCCCUCAAGAACAAACUAUGAAUCCUGCAUCAAAGCAGCCAGCCGUCACCAAGAAAUGAACCUGGCAUGUGAACUUUACCAUGAGAUGCUGGCUAAGGAUUUGGUGCCAACCUUGGAUGUCCUGCAGGCCUUUUUUGACUUCAGCAGGGGUAUGAAAGAUGCUGAGUUAAAAAAAGAGCUGUUUGGUAUCCUCUUAUAUUUGAGAGAGAACCAAAUACACCCUCACAGAACAUUUAUGCGGAGUAUAAAGCUAUGGUUUGAAAGUAUUCCAGGAGAGAACUGGAGAGGACACCUGACCAACAUUAAAGACAGUGGACAGUGCCCAGUUUGCUAUCACCAGUUGGAGGAUAGUGACCUCACCGAGAGAGAGUAUAAUAAUCUCAGAGAAAGAAUAAUAACAGAUGUGAUACAUGGAAGUGAUACUUUUAGAAAGACAAGUCCACAGGAAUUUGAAGCCUUUCAAACAUUUGUGGAAGAUCGCCUUCCAUUUGAUAUUGUUAUUGAUGGUCUCAAUGUUUCCCACAUAAAACCCAGAAAGAUGCAGUGCGAAAAUCUAUUUCAUGCUGUCAACUGCCUGGCAAAAGAGAAUCUCCGGUUGCUUGUGCUGGGCCGCAAACACAUGCUGAUUAACUCUUCAAAUUGGAAACAGGAGAUUAUGAAGGAGAUGCAGAAUAAAGCAGAUUUCUUCUUUGCUGAAAAUAUCUCUGAAGACGAUGCCUUCCUGCUAUAUGCCACUCUUAGAUCAGGCAAACAUUGCAAGUUUGUCACUAGAGACUUCCUCCGGGAUCACAAGGCUUGUCUUUCUGACAGUCUGACACGUCAUCUGUUCCGUAAGUGGCAGCGUGGACACCAAAUAGUGUUUUCCCCUUCUGCCAAAGGAAAGCAUAUAAAAUUUUUGCCUGCUUUCAAUUAUGACUGUGUGGUACAGACUACAGGCGAUACAUGGCAUAUCCCCUAUAAAGACACUUUUGAAGAAAGAUAUUCAUAUGAAGUACCAAGAAAAUGGCUCUGCCUUAAACAGAAAUAAUGAAGAAUGUACUUGUAAAAGCUGAAGCCUCAUUUUUUUUAUCACUAUUGCUGACUGUUAGACCUCAGCAGUACAAUUAUGGGAUUAAUGGAUGAGGCCUGCAGCUGACAAAAUAUUCAGUAGUUGUAUUUUGUCAAAAUCAUUCCUGCAGUAAAUCUGUUAACAUCGAUGGUGGCCCAGCAGGGAUGAAUUUGGUCCAUUGUUUCCAUCUUUACAGGCCAUUUCUGUAGCCUCUCAAUGUGAUUGGAAUUAGAAUUUAUUUUUCCAUCUUGGAAUUUCAGGUUGUGUUUCUUAUCUUUUUUGCUCAAGCUUUUCAUCUACACUGAAAAUCAUAAGCUCUGUACCUCAAAUAAAUCAGUCAUGACUUGCAGAGUACUUGCAAAAUCGGCAUGCUGACCUUGCAGCCAUGUUGUGUGCUGUGUCCAAUAAAUGCAGCUGACUGGGCCAAGUGUUAUUUACCAUUCGCCAAGCAUAGUUCUAAUACUUAAUAAUAGCAUACAUUGAGAUUUUGUUCAGAAGAAUAAGGAAACAAUAAGAAUAAGGAACCAUGUGGCUCUUUCACAGUCUUAAAUGUACUGCUCUGAGAGGAUUUCAUGCCUCUGGAAUAGUUCGCUUAUGUAAAUAUAUGAAUUUUCUAAACAAAAAUUAAUCAUAGCUAGAAAUUCAUUACAGGCAAUAACAGGACAAAACUGAAUUUUGUACAGGCAUUUCUAUAAAACCUAUCCCAAAUUAUAAGCAAGAAGAAAUAGUAUAUGUUACAGAGUAUAUAUUACAGGAUAAGUGCUCUAAGUUAUUAUUUUUAAAUGUCUGUAUGGCAAACGUAUUUGUUUAGUCUACGUAACACUUUCCCCUCUCCCCAGAAAAACAGAUUGAAAUGCCUGAUAAUCUCUGCUGAAGGAUAACGAGGUUGAUGGUGAAGUGGAGGUAAAAGCACGCUUCUCCCCUAUUUAGGAAAACAAUUCUUUCCAGUUGUUAAAAUUGCUGUGUUUAAAAUAGCAUUUAGAGGCACCAGUCAGAAUCCAUGGCCCCAGUGUGCUUUGUUUAAAUAUACCUCACAGCCAUACCUCCCUUGAAGACUUUACAGUAGUUUCUUACGCUGCCUGAAAAUUUAAUGUGUGUAAUUUUUAUUAGUUAGAAAAUGUUUGUUUUUUCUUAAACAAACUUUCAAGUAUGCUUUGGACAUGGAGUCAAUACCUUGCUAUGGUGUAAAGAGCAAGUACCUUUCUCCAAAAAAUAUAAUUCAGUGUAUUCUCUGUAAUGUUUUUGUUAGUGUCACAUUUGUCUUCCACACUGAAAAGUCCUCGGUUUGAAACUGAGCUGAAUCAUAUAGAUCUCUCUUUACAUUAUUUGCAGGCCCGAGCUCCGGGAGUGUUCCAGGACAAACUCCCUCAGGACUCGUGGAGUUCAGGCACGUUCCCUGCUAUUUCUUUCAUGUCAGAGAGUGCUAUCCUGAUUCUUGUUCUACUCCUGACCCUUAGGAUAUCAGUUUGUAAACGAGCAGGUGUGGUUUACAUGCAGGUGUGUCCUUCAGGUGCUGUGCAGAAAGUGCUGAGGAGCUGGAUACCUCCUCAGGUAACCCAGAACCUUGGUUUUAAAUGCAUUGCGUUGUUGGCAGCAUUCAUCAGAGACUCCUUUUCUAACAGAGCAUGCCAGCUCCUAUAGGUCAUGAGCUUUCUAGAGCCCUCUGGGGAAUGCAGCGAUUGGGUCUUCUUCUCCUGUUCCUCAAAUGUAUUUACUUCUCAUUUAUCAGAUGAUUGUUUUGACACUUCUCUAAGUCAAAGAACUGCCACACCUCCUUGAAAAUGCUAAUAUUGCUCUGUUAGAGUAAGUGUCCUCUGCAGUACAGGGCUGCUUAGUUAGUACCCAGUGCUCUGCAUGGGGUUACUUAUUUCACACCCUCCCCAAUGAGCUCCACAACAGAAAAAGCUGGUCUGAAUCAGUGCUGCUGUGGUCUGAGCUGUGUACUACCUGUGGUGCUAAUGCAGUCCUAUGGAUAAUCAAUUCAGGGCUGUCGGCUAAGAGAAAACCCUAUAAAAAGUUGUUUUGGCUUGGUCAAAAUUGGCAUCGUUGAACUGGACUAGCACCAUGGCCCAGGCACUGCUGUGUGGGAGAAGGGCUGAAACAUCAGGCUGCAGGAGGUGGGCCCCAGCUGUGGCUGACCAGGAACUGCACUUCCAGAUUAUCCAUUUCAUAGCAAGGCAUGGUCAUUCAUUGAAGUUUGUAUUUUAUCUCAUCUUGGUCAUUAAUAGACAUACAUGAUAACCAACAUCUAACUGGAAUAAAUGCAUACUAUACUUCACAAGCUUUUGACUCAAACCAGACAUGUCCCUAAUCAAUCCUGGGUUUCCCCUCAAAAAUGCUCUCUUAGAGAUACUGUAACACCUUCUAAAUAGUAACACUUCCCAAAUACACAUUCUUAGUGUGGAUUAUUAAUAUUGAAUGCUAGUUUGUGUGCUUUUCUGUGAAGCCGCGAAAGAAAUUUGGAGUACUUAAUAAAAUUGUUGCAAACUGUG